CUCGACUUCUAGCCAUCAUACCUCGAAAUAUACCCUCCUCUUUUCGUCAUAAGAAAGACAGAACUUCGCAUCUACGCCUCCGACCAUUUCACUUCAAUCAAAUCUCAAUCACAACUUCAAAAUCCAAUGCCACCAAUCCUCCACCUCGUCCGCCACGGCGAAGGCUUCCACAACACAGCCUGGCACGGCGAAGGCAUCUGCGACCCCCUCCUCACCCCCCACGGCAAAGCCCAAUGCGCAGACGUCUGCAAAAACUUCCCCUACCACGACAAAAUAGAACUCCUCAUGGCGAGCCCCAUGAAACGCGCCAUCCAAACUUGUCAACUCAGUUUCGCACCCGUGGUAGCCAGGGGCUUGAAAAUUAUGCUUAUGCCCUUGGCUCAAGAGAGCAGUACAGAGCAUAUGGAUACCGGAUCUGAUGUUUCGGAGAUAAAAGAAAUGUUUGGGGAUUUGGUGGAUGAACACCGUAUCGUGUCUUUGUUUCCGUAUUGGAACACCAAUUGCGGUCGCUUUGACUCUGAUCCAGAAGUUAUGAUGGAGAGAGCACAAAUGUUGAGAUUGUUUAUUAGGGAUAGAGAGGAGAAGGAGGUGGUGUUGGUCAGCCAUGGGACUUUUGCACAUGCGUUGACAGGAAACUUCACCAGCGAGGGAGUGCAGACGACGAGGAUGUGGGAGAAUUGUGAGUGGAGGAGUUAUACGUUUGAUGAGGGUGAGGGAGCCAAGAUUAUUGAGACCGAAGAGAGUGUUGCUAGGAGACCGGGGUUGGAGUUGCCUAAUUGA